AGGACACAGAGAGGGUCUGUAUAUAAGGCACCGUCCACUGUAUACCUGGUCCCUGUUGACAGUAUACGUGUCUUGCAGCUACAAUAGUGUUAUCCAUUGGCCAUAGACAUGGUGCGCUUGGUCCUCUUUAUCUUUCUGGUGCUUUUUAUUUCCUUGGUCCAAGAAACAUCUUGCCGCCCAUCUCGUACCAGAAAGGCUGUGCCAGGUCAACAGACAGAAGAUGACGACGUCAAAUCCCAGUUAGAAAAGCUCUGGCAAGAGGUCAACUCCUUAAAGGAAAUCCAGGCUUUGCAGACAGUUUGUCUGCGAGGGAUCCAAGCCGUCGGAAAGUGCUAUCUCACUAUCGAGGAACCAAAGCACUACCACGAAGCAAACGAAGACUGCAUCGCACAGGGGGGCACCCUCGCGACGCCUCGAGACGUGAACGAAAACAACGAGCUGAAAGACUAUGCAAAGCGGAGUUCUCCGGGUUCCAAGGACUUUUGGAUUGGAGUAGCUGACAUUGUGAAAGAGGGCCAGUAUGUUGAUGUCAACAGUAUGCCCAUCAGCUUCUGGAACUGGGACCGCUCCAAGAAGCAACCCACAGGAACCAAGAGGGAGAGCUGUGUUGUUCUGUCAGUGGCUGCACAAGGAAAGUGGUAUGAUGAGGUCUGCCGCAGCCAGAAAAAAUACAUUUGUGAAUAUCUUAUUCCAUAAAUUAGUAUAGCUCUGGAAGGGACCUGAAUGGCUGUUGACCCUGAAGGUAAUUUGUGCUGGUCAUUAUUAAAGACAUUCUCUUUUGUUUAAAUUAUCCAAUGCAGCUUUCCCCAAAAUUUUCAUAAUUACUCCUACAGUUAAUCUUAAAUUAUUAUAAAUAAAGACAAAAGAUCAUAGCAAAGUAUGUAGUACAACUGUGGGCAUUAAUAUAUAAUCAAAAGAACAACCAUUUGAUACCUAUCCAUUGUGUUCUGAUAAAUAAGGUACAAGUAAGGCGCAAGAAGAAGAAUACUGUAUUGUCUCAUUAUGAUUGCAAGGAUACAUCUGGAAUGUGUCUAAUGAGUGAAAAGUCACCUCAAGUAUGCAAAGAGAAGUAACAUAUGCCAAAUAAAUAAAGUCAUAAAUAAAAACCUCACAAUUA